AUGUCCUGGCGGCCGUUAGACAUCUCUCCAUCCCGCGAGCCUCACCUCCCACCCCUUCUUAUCUCGACCUCCUUCGGGCCCGACUCGUACACCAUCCACCUCACCGACCUCACGCAUAUCUGGAGCGAGACGCUGGAGCGCGGGGGCAUCCUCCGCCGCAGCCGGGAUGUGAACACGAGCAUUGAUCCGAGCGAUAGCGAGCAGCUACGCAUUCUCUUGGACAAGAUACAACUGGGGCUUGAGGGGGGCAGGGACACGGCGCUGGCGCUGGCCGUCAAUACUGAUGCGGGCCGGCCGAGCAUGACGCUCAGCGUGACGGUGCCUCUUCCCGGAGGGCUGGCUCCUCUCGAGUGGUCGAUCGAGCUUGCUGCAGCAUCACAGCAGCUGCUGACGGAUCAGCUGAUCGUCCCGUUGCUGGAGGCGCAGCAGAUGCGAAUGCGAGAAAUGGCGAGCCUGGCAGACAUGCUGCGGGAAAAGGAUCAUGUCAUACAGAAGCUGAUGGAUAAGCUUGAAGCGCGGGGGACGGAGCUGGGGCAGGUAUUCCCGCAGGUGGCAGGCAAGGCUGGGCGUGCUGUCGAUCGGAGGAAGGCAGAGGAGAAGGUAAAGGGCUUGAGCCGGUUUGAAAUGGAGGCGUGGAGGAGGGGGUUACGCAGUGAAGAGCCACGCGACGUGGGGGAACUGGUAGGACAAGUCUUCGCAGCUGAUGGUCUUUCAAAUCUGAAAACCAGAAAUGCUUCGAAUGUAGUGAAGGAGCCAGUCAAUUGGUGGGAUAGGGUCAAAGGAGAUAGCUUCGGUCUAUCUGGAGGGAAAACCCCAUCACACGGACACCACGGCAAGACAUCCCCCAAUCGCACGCUCAAAGAGCAGCCAGCUCCAGACGAGAACUCCGACUUCCAAAUCCAAGGGACCCCUCCCCAUCUCGCCUCGCCCGCCCCAAAAUCCACAGGAGCAGAGCCCCCCACCGACGAUACAACAGACGACGAGGACGACGAGGAUCUCGACGCCCCCUCCCAACAAUCCCGAAUCCCAGAUAGUUUCCCGUCCUCGCCCCCGAAACCCAAACCCCCAGCCGCCGCACCCAGGAAACUCGGCGUCAUCGGCAGGAAGAAGAGAGAACUCCCCAGCGACCCCUCUCCACCAAUCAGCCAUGAAAGCACAACAGGCGAUACAUCUCCCUCGCCUGUCAAAGAGCCCAUUAGCCCUGAAAAGCGCCCUGCUUCUUCGACGGCUGCGCCCAAACCGAAGAGGGUACUAGGCAGGAUCGGAGGCAAGAAAGAAGGCACGCCAAAACCCAAGGACUCGACGGAAGUGGAUCAAGAGAGUAUAGAACCUACUCCCACUCCUGUUCCUACGCACGCCCCCGAGACCAAGAGCUCACAACCGGACGCAGCGCCGAGUCCGAAGAAGAAACUGGGUGUGGUAGGAGGCAGGAAGAUUGGGAAGGCUGCGAGGGAAGAGGAAGCCGGAAGCGAAGCGCCAACGGAGACAUUGAAGAAGGAAAAGGAGGAGUCGACUACUCCGCUACCGCCUCAGCCGGAGGAGACGGAGGAGGAGCGGGCGGAUAGGAAACGGGAAAUGCUGAGGAGAGAGCUGGAGGAGAAGGCUAGGGCACCGGUGAAGAAGAAGCGGAAGUUUUGA